UAUAUUAUUUUUACCCAGAUACACAUUAUAUACAGUAUAUUGUUAAAAAAAAUUUUUUUAAAUGAACAAGUUUAUAUUAGUAUCGACAAUAUUGUGCCUGGUGGCAUUAAUUGAAUCUAAACGAGAGGUAAAAUUUGCGCCCUACAUAUACCUGGAGCAUGGCAUCGAUUUUGUUAAACUAAAAAACGAUGCCCACCUAACUGGUAUAUCAUUAGCAUUUGCCCUGGGUGGUAGUAAUUGUGUACCGCACUGGGAUGCCGGUUCAAUCGACGACAAAGAUCUGGUCAAACAGUUUCACGCAUUCAAACAGGCCGGCGGUCAGAUCAUCGUAUCAUCGGGCGGUGCCGACGGCAAGUAUAUUGAAAAUUCGUGCGGCGGUGACAGCAAUCGAUUGGCCGCGGCCUACAAACGUGUUAUCGAAGUUACCGGAGCUGUCGGCUUGGAUUUGGACUUUGAGGAAACUGUCAAUUUGGAUAUGGUUAUGGCUGCCGUCAAGAUUGUCCAACAGCAAACCGGUGUUACCGUUAGUCUAACACUUGGGGCCGAUGAAAAUGGACUGGGAGGCACACAGAUGAACGUUGUCCGGGCGGCCAUCAAACACGGUGUCGACGUCGACAUUGUCAACCCGAUGGCCAUGGACUACAACAAGUCAUCGAAAUACAGGACAUGGGGUGAUUCGGUUAUCGGGUGCGUUGAGGCCGUUCACCGACAAAUGAAACAAGAACUAUGGCCGGGCAAGUCGGACGCGGAACUGUACUCACGAUUGGGUGUAACACCGAUGAUCGGUGAAAACGAUUGUUGUAAUGCCAAGUUUACUACCGAUCACGCCCGCCAAUUGUUGCAAUGGGCCAAACAAAAAGGAUUGGGUCAUAUCGGGUUCUGGUCAGUCAAUCGGGAUCACCAGUGUCACGGCAGUGAGUCCCAGACAAAUGCACCGUCCGAUAAAUGUUCGGGUGUACCCCAACAAAACUAUGAGUUUAGCCAUAUAUUUGAUAUGUUAUAAUUAGUUACUGUAUAUAUGAUAUAAGGCACUGGUAUGUGUCAUACUUUAAAUAUAUCUUUAUAUUAUACAAUAUUUUUUUUUUGAAUUGAGAUAUAAUAUA